AACUCUCAGUGACUAGCGUUUGUCGCGUUUGUGAGUGCUUUGUGAGUGUGACAGUCGGCUUAAACUUAUUAUUAAAGAAUUUUUGUUCGAACGGUAGAAGUACUUUGAAGAUGUUUUUAACACGUUCCGAAUACGAUCACGGUGUCAAUACCUUCUCCCCAGAAGGGAGACUGUUCCAAGUCGAAUAUGCCAUAGAAGCUAUUAAACUUGGUUCCACUGCCAUUGGAAUUGCAACAACAGAAGGUGUAGUUCUAGUUGUGGAGAAACGAAUCACUUCCAGCUUAAUGGAGCCCACGACUGUUGAAAAAAUUGUUGAACUUGAUAAGCACAUCGGCUGUGCAGCGUCAGGGUUGAUAGCUGACUCUAGGACAAUGAUAGAUCGUGCCAGAGUAGAAUGCCAAAAUCAUUGGUUUGUCUACAAUGAGAAAAUGUCUGUGGAGUCAACGGCACAGGCUGUUUCCAAUCUGGCUAUACAGUUUGGAGACAGUGACGACGAUGGUAGUGCCAUGUCGAGACCGUUCGGUGUAGCAAUGUUGUUCGCUGGUAUUGAUGAGAAAGGGCCUCAGUUAUAUCACAUGGAUCCUUCCGGCACUUUUGUACAAUUUGAUGCGAAAGCUAUUGGUUCUGGAAGCGAAGGUGCUCAACAAAAUCUUCAAGAAGUAUAUCACAAGUCUAUGACGCUGAAGGAAGCAAUAAAAGCGGCUCUGACUAUAUUGAAACAAGUGAUGGAAGAGAAACUGAGUGAUAACAAUAUAGAAAUAAUGACAAUGACACCCGAGAAACAGUUUCACAUGUUCCCAAAAGCCGAAUUACAAGAGGUGAUUAAAGAUAUCGCUUAAAACUUAAACCAUUUAAGACAUGUUAAUUUUAUUGUCGUGAAUACAUAAAUUUAUUAAGCAAAACGUGUGCUACGCGAAUGUUGUAUAUCUGCAAAUUACACAUACAUUUUUCACUUAAAGAAAGCGCAAUUUUUA